AUGGGCUUUGAAGAGUUGGAGUUUGUGGAUGAGCCGGUGGACAAGAAUCUGACCUGCAUCAUUUGCUUGUCGGUGAUGAAGGCACCCACCACAAUUUGUCCCAACGGACAUACCUGUUGCGCAGAUUGCAUUGCCAUUGCCCAAGCUCAAGAUCAUCAUGAGUGUCCGGAAUGCCGAGAGCGUCUGCUGGAGAACAAGGUAUUGAAUCGACCCUUGCAGUCUAUCAUCAUGGGACUACGCGUCAAAUGCCCCAACAUGCGAGAUGUGUAUGUGGACAAGAGCAAAAACAACAAUCCAAAGCGGACAAGUCGCAGUGGAGAUGCCUGUUCAUGGGUAGGAACCUUGUCGGAUUUCUUGGUCAGCCAUAAUAAAGAAGGAGGCUGUGAGUUUGUCAAUAUCAAAUGCAUAUGUUGUGGUAUGAGAGUUUUCAAAGUCGACUGGGAAGAGCACCAGAAAACCGAAUGCCGUCGGCCCUGUACCAUGUGUGGAGCUAUUAUCCAAUCCUCUCAGAUAGACCAUCAUACCAAGAACCAAUGCCCCUACCGAGUGAUUCAAUGCAGUCUCUGCAAUCUCAAGGUUAUGGCAUGUGGAUGGAAUCUACACGUCGAAAAAGUAUGUCCCAACAAACUAGUUACGUGUAUAUGGUGCCAAUCCACCAUGCCGCGCAAGGAAGUGGGCACAGCCGUCCGUGAUGAGCAGCAAGAAAACCAAUACUUCUGUACGGGCCAUCUGGCCCAGUGUGCUCACAUGGAAGUUUUCUGUGAAUACCAUGCCCUGGGGUGCACAGCGCAUCAGAUGAAACGAAUGGAUCUGCCAAAGCAUCACAGGGACAGUGUGGACUACCACGUCCGACUGUUGGGACCUGCACUGCGCAACCUGCAAGAUGGUUGUCAGUGGAUUCAGAAAACAGUGCAAUGGGAUAUUGGACCGCAAAAAUUGCCCCAUGUUCUAAGUGGCGUCGGAGUCGAAAGUGAAACCAUUCCUGUUGGCGCCAUUUGCAGCGUCAACUUCAAGCUGCUACAGGGCUUGGAUGGAUCCAUAGAAGCCAAAUUUUGCACGCACGCGUCUAAGUGGAAGACAACAAGUGCCCCAAUUGUGGUUGAUAAGGUGGUUUUCGAGUCCUUGUGGGGAGACCAUGUGUGUCGUCUGGAGGGUGAGAGAACCAUGGAAGUUGACCCAGACAAUCGCAAUCUGUGGUGCAUCGCAGGCACUCUUCAGCUGGAAGUUCGUAACAACGAGGGUGCGACAACGUACCGUGCCUGUCGCUAUGAAGACUUGAUCCAAACCACGGAUCAAGAUCGAGUCUACAGUCUGGAGGUGCAGUUCCGUCUUCGGGCUGCACCCACCAAGAGUGUCAUUUCGUGUGUCUGA